UGACAUCCGUCUCGGUUCACCGGAUGCGUGCGCAAUAAUCGCUGGAUUUUUGUUAAGAAUUGUGUGGUUUUGCUGUGGACAUUGUUUUGCAUAUAGAUUUAUUCCAUCGAGUGGGACUUUUUGUUAUGAACGUAUUUCUCGGGACGAACGUGAAGCAUGUGUAUCAAUAAACAUAAGUUGUAUGUGUUAAAAUUUUAAUUUACCGCUAGAUACGAGACGGUUGUAGCCAGAUCAAUCGGCUUAGUAGUAUUUCGACAAGUGCUAUGCUAAUGUGAUGUUCCCGGUUGAUGGUUAACAGUUUCUCGGAUAGAGCACAGCCCUCGGGAAUCAACUGGACGAACUAGCUGCAAAUGUCGUAUUUCAAGAGGCCCAGGAGUGAGCACCGCGCAGCCUAGCCGCCACGCAACACGGCAGCGCGGCUUCGCACUCCCAGCAGGCUUUAGAGCGCACCCUGGAGCCGCCCACGAGUCUCGGUGACGGUCCGGCGGGCGAGGCGGCACAAUGGAUGACGGAGGCAGCAAGCAGAGGCAGGCCACCAGGGUCUUCAAGAAGAGCUCGCCCAAUGGCAAGAUCACAGUGUACCUCGGGAAGAGAGACUUCGUGGAUCACAUCACACAUGUGGACCCCAUAGAUGGCGUGGUCCUCAUAGACCCGGAGUACGUGAAGGAGCGGAAGGUGUUCGGGCACGUGCUCGCCGCGUUCCGCUACGGCCGCGAGGACCUCGACGUGCUCGGCCUCACCUUCCGCAAGGACCUCUACCUCGCCGCCGAGCAGAUCUACCCGGCGGUGGCGGGGGCGGGGCCGCGGCGCUCGCUGACGCGUCUGCAGGAGCGGCUGCUGCGCAAGCUGGGCCCGUCGGCGCACCCGUUCUACUUCGAGCUGCCGCCGCACUGCCCCGCCUCGGUGACGCUGCAGCCCGCGCCCGGCGACACCGGCAAGCCGUGCGGCGUCGACUACGAGCUGAAGGCAUUCGUCGCGGACUCGCAGGACGACAAGCCCCACAAGAGGAACUCAGUGCGGCUGGCCAUCCGCAAGAUAAUGUACGCGCCGAGCAAGCAGGGCGAGCAGCCCAGCGUCGAGGUGGCCAAGGAGUUCAUGAUGAGCCCCAACAAGAUGUACCUGGAGGCCUCGCUCGACAAGGAGCUGUACCACCACGGCGAGAACAUAGCGGUGAACGUGCACAUCGCGAACAACUCGAACCGCUCCGUGAAGCGCAUCAAGGUGUCCGUGCGCCAGUUCGCCGACAUCUGCCUGUUCUCCACCGCGCAGUACAAGUGCACCGUCGCCGAGGCCGAGAGCGAGGAGGGCUGCCCGGUGGGUCCAGGGUUUACUCUCAGCAAGGUGUUCACGCUGACGCCGCUGCUGGCCAACAACAAGGACAAGUGGGGCCUGGCGCUGGACGGCCAGCUCAAACACGAAGACACCAACCUCGCCUCCUCCACCAUAUUGGCGGACCCCUCGCAGCGCGAGAACCUAGGUAUCAUUGUACAGUAUAAGGUGAAAGUCAAACUCUGCCUGGGCCCGCUCGGAGGGGACCUGAGUGCGGAGCUGCCGUUCAUCCUGAUGCACCCGAAGCCGGCGGAGGAGGAGCCGCCGGCGCCGGAGCCCGCGCCCGACCACGACCUCAUACAGCUCGACCCGCGCCCAGACGAAAACGGUCAGGAUCACGACGACGAUAUCAUAUUCGAGGACUUCGCGCGGCUACGACUCAAGGGCGGCGAGACCGACGCGUAACUCCCGCGGACCGCGCCCGGGCUCCGCCCACCACCCGCCCCGCGCCCCGCCCCCUCGUCUCCAGCCAGCGCCUCGCCGCUAUAAUCUUUACUAUCCAGUUUAAUUUAAAUGUGAACCACGAACGACUCAGUUUGUUCGAAUCGAAUGUAUACUUUUAGUUUACGCUUAGAUUAAAUUGGAUCUCGAAUGUUUCACGAUCGUCGCAGACUGGACGGUCCAAGAAAAAUCCGUAAAUAUUCGCCUUAAUUACUCGGCAAAACUGAGCGUGAUGUGUAUGGGGGCUGGCGAACUUUAAACUGCCGCUCACUCGAGACAAGACUUUAGUCAGACCGGCAACACGUGUGCGCGCGGACAUCUUCAUGAGUUUUGCAUACGCUGUUUUAAGACUGUCGAGUCUCGAGUGAGCGUCCCUCUGGCAAGCAAGUCGGGGCUAGAGUUUUAUAGAUAUGAUAUUACUUAUACAUUAUACAUGGAGGAUGACGACGUCGAUAUAUUGUCUUGCGAGGCAUAAUAUAUUGUCUCGGAAGCCGGGCGAAAGCUAAAUAUAAUGGUCGCUGUUGAGCACCCACAAAAAAAUCUUGAGUUCUGAAUGCAGUCUUGAAUGAUCUAAAGAACAUGACUGCUGAUAAUACACAAAAUAUGCUUAACAGAGUCCAAAUAUCAUGUUAUUUGCUCGUUCUCUGAAUUUACGAAAGAGAAGACAUGUCGAUAUUGAAUGUAAUGUAACUUCUUGGUGAAAAUUCAUGUUUCAAAGCAAAAAUUACACACUUUUCUGACACUUAUUCAACUUUAUUAUAUUGUUUUUUACAAUUUUAGUGUUUUACAAGACCGGUUUCAAUUGCAUUGCAAGGAAAGUGUAUAUUUUUUGCUGAGAAGACAUAAUAUUUGAUAAACAUUUAAACGAUUUUGAUUCAAGCGGGCCUUAUGAUAGGAUAUAUUACUGCAAUGUGUUGACGCUAGCGGCAUUACCAGCAUAUACAGUUAGCAGAUGUUUUAUUAGACCUUAGACAAUGUAUCUGUCAAUAUUAUGAUAUUAUGUGCAACAUGUCGGAUUUUGGUCCGAUUAUUAACUGUAUGUGCUAGCAGCGCCCUCUGCUGCGACCUUUGCGUAAUAUUCAUUUCCUAUUAAACUAAUGUCUUACGGUCUUUUGGUAUAUUUUGCGUCCUCCGUGUAAACGAAACGUAAGCAAUUUACGUACAGACGCAAACACUGUCAUGUAUACGAGCAUUAUUUCACACAAACGUACCCGUACUAAAGUUAUUAAAAAGUAUACGAUCGUAAAAACGUAUUAAGUACAUAUUGUGUAACUCGGCUCGCGUACGUGCCAGUGCUCGUCUCGUUAUAAUUAUCAAUUAUUGUAAAGUCCACGAACUAUUUCGAUCCCUGUACAGUGUAUAUGUUGAGCGUUCGUCUAUCGUACUAACGAUAACGAACUCUAUCGUAAUGGUUUAUAGUCGAAAUUCCGUUGCGCAAACGGCUCUGUCUAGUGCACAAACUUUCGUAUAAGUACAACGUAUAGUGCACAGUAAAUUUAUAUGUAGUGUUUUAUAUUAAAUGUAUUCACUGAUACGUCGCACUCGUUUACGUUCAAUAAUGUUUGCGAGUAGUUCUUAGUCUGUUCACUUGGGUCGCCGCGUUUGACACGCACCUCGUGUAACUUUGAGGUUAUCUUUAUUUAAAGACAGUACAACAUUUUCAUCGGUUCCGUAGAUUCGAGCGAUUAAACGGUAACUUCAAUGGUAUAGUUGCACGAUUAUAUUUACAUACUGUGACGUUGCGGGAAACGACUGUCCCUUUUUACCGGGCGACAUGUUUACUCGUUCGCCCCUAGGAGGCGGUAACAUACUAGGGUGUCAAGAGGGAGUAUUCAACGGCUGCGUAAUCGUAACUUUAUCGAAUAAUAUAAAAUAUUCAUAAAAAUCGAUUUUUCCCGUUCCCAAAGACUCGUAGAACACAAAACGUUAUUGAACCUACACGACGAUGUAUUUUAGCUCGUUAUAUGCGUUCGAUGUUCAAAUAAUUGUACAUCCUUUUGGCGAUAUGAUAUUAUAUUAAUUAUUUUUUGAAUGCUUUUUCAAUUACGAUCGUUGAGUUUGGAAUUCGAACAUGUAUAUCAAGCGGCUGGGUAAGCCGGGUGUCAGUACAAGUGUAGGUCGCUGCCGAAUGUUCACACUCGUGUCGGGGGGUGAGCAGGACCGAAGACGAACCUAGUCGUAUUGCCUUAGUUAGUUUAGAUAGCGAAUUAUAAUAUCAAAAGUAUAUGGGACAGGAUAUAUCGGGAGCGCCAUGAAUCAUGUUGUAGUACAUGAUUAAUGGCGCUCCUGAUAUAAUAUGAGUCUUGACGUACUAGGUCAAGACUCAUACAUUUUUAAUACAGCUAACUUCGCUAUCGAAACUAGCGAAUGCAAUAUAUCCCGCUGAGACACUUUACCAUCUCUGAUACUUUACCGUUAUUAAAUAAGGCUCCGAUUAUGAGUAAUUGAAGCCUUAUUGAAUAACGGUAUAGUUUGGAAAAAAAAGUCAUUCUCACCCCUUGUUUAGGGCGAGUUCACAACGAAAAUUUGAGCGCACGCUAGAUCAACAUGGUCGUCAACAGUUCCGUCAAGGAUCUACGCGCAUCAUUCGCUGUGAACACGCCCCACUUCUGAGCCCGAGUCGUCGUCGCUACUCCCCGUCGAGAAGUUAACUACGAUUUGUAUACCAUCAAAACGGCGCCCCGGGGCGAAUGGCAACUACUUUUAUACCCUCCAGCAGGCUUCGCAUGGUCACCAAUCACCAUAGAAAGGUUUAUUCUUACGGUAAAGUAGACAAAGUGAUGGAUUAACAAAGGCAAUCUGUCAGUUUGUCCACAAAAACUGUCAGUGUUUUUAUUCUUUCGCAUUUCUACUGUGGUCAUGCUAAGCCUGCUGAUCGUAGUUACCUUCCUAAGGUUAGUAGCGACGAAAACUCGCACUCGAGACGAGAUCGUGGCUCGCGACGGCCAUUGAUAAAGUUUAGUGAAUUAUAGUACAAUCUUUGUUAUUGCAUUUAAUAGAAUAUAUGUUGUAACAUAAUGUAUUCCUCGGUAACGAACUAUGUAUAUUAAUCGCUUUUUAUUAUUGACUAUUAUUACGAUGUUAUUUUAUUAUUAUCCUCGUAUUUGUAAGUUAUGAGUUGCUGUAUAAUUGUGACGACUUUAGCACGCGCAUACAUCCAGAGUAUACGGUGAAGGAAUUACCUCACACAUUUUUUUGUUCUAUAUACGUACCGAAUUGAGAUCCAGACACAAAAUGAGCUGUAAUUUGAAUACACAAUAUAAUAUUAUGAUUGUAAAUCUGUUUCCAUUUUAUUUAUUGCCUGAGUUUACAUGAAAUUUGUAUCAAUUCAAUUGUGUAAGUCAUUAUACCUAAUUUCAAUAAAGCUACAAAAAUACAA